AUGGCUACCAGCCCUAUAGUAAGUAACCUACCAAGAGCCUUCAGCGUUUAUGGGGGAGCCGGUGGCCGAGGAACCCGCUUCUCCUCCUCUUCUUCUGAGGUCAUUUAUUCUUCUCCAGCUGAUGAGAAGGCCACCAUGCAGAAUCUGGAUAGUCGUCUAGCUUCAUAUCUAACAAAAGUGCAAUCGCUACAGAAGACAAAUGCUGAGCUGAAGAAAAAGAUCAGGGAGUGGCAUGGGAGUCACACACAGUCCCCGUCUGACCACUCUCACUACCUGGCUACCAUUGAAGACCUGAAGGAACAGGUCAGCCAUAGUUGUAUAGAUAAUGCCAAGAUCAUGUUGGACGUGGACAACGCCAGGCUAGCAGCUGAAGACUUCAAAAUUAAGUAUGAGUAUGAGCUGUGCAUAAAUGCAGCUAUUGAAGCUGAUGUUGCAGGUCUGAGAAAGGUUCAGCAUAGUUUGACCUUAGAUAAAUCAGAUUUGAAGUUAAACUAUGAAGGUCUAAAGGAGGACCUUGCUUUUCUGGAGAAAAAACAUGAUGAGGUAUGA